AUGAAGGAUACUGCUGAGCAAGCUUUAUCAUCUCCCACGACUUUAAAGACUCAACCACCACCGGUCGAGCCCAUUACGCUGCUAGUGAAUCAAUCUAGCGUCCAAACAAAGGGAGAAGUUGAAACGACUCUGAAGGAAUUGUCCAAGAGCAAAGCAGCGGGAGCCACCGAGGUAACACCCGAGUCGUCAACACAUGGACUGGACGUCCAAACUCCUAAUGAGCCCAGAGCUGAGCCGCACAAGAAGAAGAAGAAGAAGACAAAGAAGAAUAUGGACGGUGGAGAGAACCUAGUUGCAAAUGGAAAACCGAAGAAGUCACACAAGAAAACGGAAAAGGAGAAUGUCGACUACACCAGUCUGUCUACUGUUCCAGAAAAGCCGGUGGCUGACGGCACCAAGAAGGUCAAGAAGAAGAACAAAGUAACGCCUAUAAAGGUGAAGGGCAUAGCCUUAACAACAAAAAUAUCUUCCAAGGGAAAAGAGGCUGAGAAGAGCAAGGAAAGUGAAAGCCAGCCGGGAAAAUCAACCAAGCCUCGUACUUCAGCGAAAUGA